AUGACCGUCACCAACAACUGCGCCUACACCAUCUGGCCUGGAAUGUUCACUGACUUGAACGCCGGCACCGCUGUCCCCACGCAAACUACAGGAUGGGAGCAGGACGCUGGAGCGACUGUCUCCUUCUCCGUUCCCGACAACUGGACUGCAGGCCGUAUCUGGGGCCGUACCAGCUGCGACUUUACCACCAACCCUGGACCCAACUCCUGCACGACCGGUGGCUGCAAUGGUGGUCUCGUCUGCGACCCAUCUACCGGCACAGGUGUUCCCCCCGCCACCGUUGCGGAGUUCACGCUGAGCACAAGCGAUUUGCCAGACAACUAUGAUGUUUCGCUCGUUGAUGGAUUCAAUAUCCCGAUGGAGGUCACUGUCACUGGCGGUUGCUCCACUGCAUCCUGCCCCGUUGAUCUCAACCCGGACUGUCCUUCUGAUAUCGCGGACACCGAUUCUACUGGCGCAAUCAUCGGAUGCAGGAGUGCGUGCCAAGCUGGUCUGUCUUCUGACCCAGCCAACUCGCCUUACUGCUGCACCGGCGAUCACGACACUGCCGCCACUUGCCCUAACUCCGGCGUUCUCCACUACGACUACUUCAAGGGCAGCUGCCCCGACGCGUACGCCUAUGCUUACGAUGAAUCUUCCGGCACUGCGCUCUGGACUUGCCCAUCUGCCACCGCGGCUGACUACACCAUCACUUUCUGCCCUUAA